AAUCAACAAUAGCUCGAUAGAAAAUGCGUGCCCUCAUUGUAUUGUGUUUGGUGGCCGCCGCUUGUGCCCAAUAUAACUAUGGUGCUGGUGUCAGUUCCUCCUCAUCAUACACUGCAUCUGGUAACUAUGGUGCUGGUAGCAGUGUAACUCCUUCCUUCGCUCCUCAAGCUACCACUUUGGAAAAGGAAUUCUAUACAUUCACCGCCAAUGAUGCUGAUUUCAAUGAACCCGCUGCAUCCAACCAAUACAACGCUGUUGCCAAGAAGGGUCUCCGCGUCAUCUUCAUUAAGGGUCCUGAAAACAAUGGCUUGGAAAAUGCUGCCUUGGCUUUGGCCAAACAAGCCGCUGAACAAAGAACUGCCAUCUAUGUUCUCAACAAACAAGCUGAUAUUGCUGGUUUGGCUGAUAAAUUCAAUGCAAUCAACAACAAUGUGAAUCACAAACCUGAAGUUCAUUUUGUCAAAUACCGCACCCCCGAAGAUGCUGCCAACGCCCAACGUGCCAUUCAAAGCCAAUACGAUAGUUUGGGUGGUACUUCCCAACAUUUCAAUGGUGGUGUUGCUCCCGCCUUGAACUUUGCCUCGCAAGCUUCUCGUGGUCCUUUCGCUGCUGGUUCAGCUCAAUCUAGCCAAUAUUUGGCUCCUGCUGCCACUGGUAUUCCAAGUGAAAGCUAUUUGCCACCAGCUAUUUUGAAUCGUCUUCGUCACAAGUAA